AUGUGCGAAAUUAUUGCAGCAUUACUUGAAGAAGAUUCAUUAUUACAAAGUUUUACUUUAAUGCGAAAUUUUCCUUUGUACCUAGAUUAUGAUAAUUUCAAAACAAUCAAUCAUUGUUUACAAAAUUUAACUAUUUAUUUAGUAGAUCUAGAUAAUCUAACUCGUUUAUUACAUACUCUUCGAUCAUUAAAAUAUUUCUGUGGCAAAAUUGUCAAUGGAGAAGGUCACAUAAAUGAAAAUAAAUCAAAUUUUUUGUUAUCAAAACUAAUUAAAUGUCAUUUUGAAUGUAAAUAUAUUAAACAAAAUGAUUUAAAUUAUUUUUUAAUUCAACUUAAACAAUCAACAUUAUUAAAAAUAUUUAAACUUAAAAUAAAUCGUAUGGACGAAAAAUAUACAGAAAAUGAAAUUUUGGAAAAAUUACCAGAUUUAAAAAGAUUUUAUUUUUAUAUUCGAUUUCGUCAAUUACAUUUAACACCUCAAAUAACACAAAAUGAUUUUAAUAAUGAUCGACUUAUGUGGUAUAAAGAUGAUUAUCCUGAUUAUUAUUCAUUUCUAUCAUUACCUUAUGGAUUUAAACAAUUAAAGAAUAUUCAUAAAGGACAUUCAAGUAUUUGA